AUGUUUUUCCCCCUUUUCUUUCCUCUAUUCUUCCUUCCUCUAUCCUUUCCUUCCUUCCUUCCUUCCUUCCUUCCUUCCUUCCUCCCAUCCUUCCUUCCUCCCUUCCUCCUCCUUCCUUCCUUCCUUCCUUCCUCCCUCCCUUCCUUCCUUCCUCCUUCCUCCCUCCCUUCCUUCCUUCCUCCCUCCCUCCUCCUUCCUUCCUUCCUUCCUUCCUCCCAUCCUUCCUUCCUUCCUUCCUCCUCCCUCCCUUCCUUCCUCCCUCCCUCCUUCUUUCCUUCCUUCCUUCCUUCCUUCCUUCCUUCCUUCCUUCCUUCCUUCCUUCCUUCCUUCCUUCCUUCCUUCCUUCCUUCCUUCAUUCCUUCCUCCCAUCCUUCCUUCUUUCCUUCCUCCCAUCCAUCCUUCCUUCCUUCCUUCCUUCCUUCCUUCCUUCCUUCCUUCCUUCCUUCCGCCCUCCCUCCCUUCCUUCUUUCCUUCCUUCCUCCCAUCCUUCCUUCCUUCCUUCCUCCUUCCUUCUUUCCUUCCUUCCUCCCAUCCUUCCUUCCUCCUUCCUCCCAUCCUUCCUUCCUUCCUUCCUCCCUUCCUUCCUUCCUUCCUCCCUCCCUCCCUUCCUUCUUUCCUUCCUUCCUUCCUUCCUCCAUUCCUUCCUUCCUUCCUUCCUCCUUCCUUCCUUCCUUCCUUGCCUUUCUUCUUUUUUAUUUAGUCUUCUUGUUUGUAUGUGCACUUCCUUAUUUUUCGUUUCAUUUAUUUUCUAUUUUCUUUACAUUUUCUCUAUCUCGUUCCUUCCUUCCUUCCUUCCUUCCUUCCUUCCUUCCUUCCUUCCUUCUUUCCUUCCUUCUUUCUUUCUUUCUUUCUUUUUCUUCACUACCAUUUCUUACAGUCGCUCUGAUCUGUUAA